AUGGUUGCGAAAUCGAGUCGAACCUCGCCGCCAGUGCAGCCGCCGCCUUUGGAAGACCUCGUGAUCAGUGUCGACGAAGAGCCGACCGUCGUCACGAAGGCGCCGGCGACGAAGAAGAAGCAAGGCUGGGUGAAGGCCGCCAAGUCUAGGGCCACCGGGACCUUGAGAAGGACGCUCUUUGGCCGGAGCACGAAGAGAAGGGCCAAAGAUGCGGAAGACGUGAUCGUGGAGCAGGAGGAGGACGACGACGAUUUCACCCAGUCGAACUACGACACGGUCAAGUCCCUCCCGGCCUCCGGACACUAUGGCCGAAGUAGAGUCGGCCAUCUCCACGUCGACUCGAACGGCGAGCUCCAGAAGCUCGACGACGCCGCCCCGAAGCCGCAGCCCCAGCCUCCGGUCAUCAUCUUCAAGGUGCCGCGAAGACGGACCUCGGCCACGUCGACCCCUCUGCCGCCCAUGCGACUUUCGCCCGGAGCCGUCCGAGCUCCUCUCUCCGAUCCCGUCUUCGAUUACUAUACCUGGAACACUUCCGAUGACAGUUAG